UCGACGACGAAUUCUCCGUCAGCGACUCUUCGAUGGCUCGAGCCCUUUCUAUCAGGAAUUCAAUAUCGCUUACUUGGUCUCUGGAUAAUCUCUUACGAACCCUUUUAUGUAAAAGUCCGUAUAUAACGUCUACCUUGGCCUCCUCCGGCAAGUGGUACGGCAAUUUCGCGAACAAGGCUCUAAUCCUUACGAUAAAUACGUCAGCGCGUUCCGUACCUUGUUCUACGGAAAAUAUAUCGCGGAACACUUUAUAUCCCGGGCGCGGUACUCCGUACAUCGAUCGUAAGCGCUUAAGAGCGACUGACCACGACGUUAUUUCGUUCUUUACGCCGCGCCACCAUACAGCUGCAUCGCCGGUUAAUAGCAUAGGAAGCCCACGGAGUGCCAUGUCGUCGCUGACUGAUGCACACUCUUUGUAUAUUUCCACAGCGUCUAUAAACGCUUCCACGCAUUCAGGGUGCUGCGAUGAACCAUCAAAGCGGGUAGUGCACUUUGAAAAAUUUCCAGCAUUAGGAGACGUGAUAGCGGCGGCGGUAGAUUCACCCGGCGCCCCUCCUAAGUGCGAAGCCGCGAGAGAUUCCACAAGCCUUUGAUUCGCUUCGGCCUGAGCCCGUGUAAAGGCAGCCAAAAGCGAAGAAAGCUGGUCUCCGGACAUAAGCACAGGUGCAGGUGCGUUGGAAGUAGGCAUCGCCAUUCUCACCGAGUCUUCACUAGAACUGGAGUCAUUAAAGAUGAAAGAAAAACUUCGCGAGCGUAACGCAACCCCUGCGUCGGCGCCGAUUAGACUUAAUAGCUUCCCGGUAUCCCGGUAUAUAUAA